CCCAGUUCAUACUAUCGUUCUCAUUUAAAAAUGACGAAACACAGUAAAAACAACACGGCGUCCUCGAUAUUCAGUUAUGCUGAAUACAAGAAACUCGACUAUGGAACUAAGAAGCAACGUCUAGGAAACGAAUCAAUGCGCCGCUUCGACGCCUGCUCACUCUGCCUAAACCGCGCUCGAAACCCCGUCGCAUGCAACGAAGGACACCUCUUCUGCAAAGAAUGCGUUAUCGCCGACUUGUUGACACAGAGGAAGGACAUUGAACGUCAGAAGGAGCGGUUGGAAGCGCUGAAGAGGGAGGCGGAGGAGGAAAAGGCUAGGGCGAGACAGGCUGCCCGUGAGCGUGUUUUGUUGGAGUUUGAGAAGGGUCAGCUGGGGCUGGCUGCGGGUCCUUCGUCAAUUGGGACCAGGGCUGCCAGCACUGAAGAGGGCAAGGACUCGAGCGACCCAGCUCAAACCAGAGGAACAAAACGCAAGUUUGAAUUCGAUCCGUCGACAGUCGAAAACCUUGCCAAAGAAGCAGAGGAAGCUGCCAUGAUCCAAAUCGAAAAAGAACAAGCAGCAGCGCUUAAACACAAACUACCAGAUUUCUGGUUGCCCUCCCUCACGCCUACGUAUACCUCCUCUGGGCCCCCAAGGAAUCUGGACGAUGUCAAGGUGCAAACGACGUGUAGGGGCGCAAGUGGAAAAGACGGGAGCCAUGCCCUGUCGUUAAAGAAACUCUCCCCAGUAAACUUCACGCUCUGGUCAAGCACCCCCUCUGCCAAAUCCCCGGAAUCCACACCCUCGAAUGGUGAUCCGACGGCAAAGGCGGAGGAGGGCGACCCCAUGUGCCCUUCAUGCAAGAAGAAACUUUCCAAUAACACGCUGUUGUUCCUGUCCAAACCAUGCGGCCACGUAACCUGCAAAACAUGCACCGACACACUCGUCAAACCCUCCAAACAAUGCGUUGUCUGCGAGAAAGUUCUCAAGGAUAAGGAUGUGCUCGAGUUGAAGCGGGAAGGGACUGGCUUUGCGGGUGGUGGAUUGGCGGAGACUUCGAAAGCCGGUAUCGCAUUCCAGGGGUAGACUUUAUCGUACAUUUCAUGUAUCUUCCCAAAUUGACCCCUCGUCUGGGCUGCGGUCUUGUGAGAUGGUCUAAGAAGGCUAUAGAUACGCGCGUGGACUUGUC